ACUCAUAUAUCAUAUCUAUAUCUAUAAAUUGGACUAAGACAAAAAUUAUAAUAGAAACAGGACGGCAUUAAACUAUUAUUAAUAGUUUUCUAUAUAUGGUGAUUAUCUCUUUAGUUAGAGAGAAACAAGAUUCACAAAGCAAGCCACAUAAAAAGAACUAUGGAAGACGGUGUUACAGAAGUUCAUAGUUUGUUUCCUCCACCAAAUCAUAAUCCAGAAGAGGGAUCCAAAAGAAAAUAUAAUGAAGAAAAUGAAGAAGGGUUUGUCUCAACAGAAAAGGCUGAAAAAGUGAAACAGAAAGGUCUUGAUAUAGAUGAAGCAAAAGACAGUUCAAGUGGAGGUGGAGGUGUAAUUAGCAACUUUAUCUCGAAUUUUAUGACACCUUUGAGUCCAAGAACAGGGAAAGUUACUACUGAAGAUGAAAGUGGAAAUGAGGUGUUUGAGAAAGAGGAAGAGAUUGGUAACAAUGGUGGAGAAAAAGGGGUCAUAAGUAAUCUUGUUUCUAAUUUCUUUCAUAGAAAUGAAUCUGAAGAAGGUGUGGUGGAAACUGAGAAGAAAGAGAAGGAAGAUGAUGAGGAAAUAAAAGGUGGUGAAAAGAUUAAGAGAUUGAAGACAGAUCAGACUGAAGCUAAUGGUGGCAGCAGUGGCGGUGGAGGCCUUAUUCAUGACAUUGUAUCUCAUUUACCUACUUCUAUCCCAGCUCCUACAGCAGAUGAGGCGACUAUUUUGAUUAACUCUCUUGUUCGUGACUAAGCAGACACAUCAAAAUGGGAUUCUUUUGCAAUGUACUCCCUCCGUCCCAAAAUAUAAACAAAAAGUGAUCAAUGAAAGUUGAUGUAUUUGGUUUAAAAUUUAGUCCAGAUACAUUCACUUUUGUUGACCUCCUUUUACUUAUAUUUUGGGACGGAGUAGUAUCAUGUAUUUUAUUUUUUCAGUCCUUUUCUACAGAUGUUAUUUUUGGGGUGAACUUUUGUAUUAUGCCUCUGUUUGGACUCUUUAUGUUAUGUCUGCCAUAAUCAAAAUUAGCAAUCUUUGGACUUCGGUCUAAAUCAGUUAUUGGUUUUUGAAAAGUGUAACAUUAGUUGAACUAAGGAUUAAAGGAAUUGGAGAUCGAAAA